CCAUCUCACAAUCAUCUUCUGGGUAAAAAUCAUAUAAAAAAUUAAAAAAUGACCAAAUAAAAAAUAAAAGUAAGAAGAAGAAGACCUAUUGUGACGUGCUUGAGGGUUUACAAUCACCCUAGUCAUUGUCCUACAUUUGUCAAAUGAAGACAUUAGUUGGUAGAAUGAUUCAAAUCAAAUGUCCAAUACAGGCAAGUUCUUCCCUCCCAUCUUCCUUGAUGCUUCUCUUCUAAUAACUUGUUUCUUUGUUUUCUAUCAUUUUGUAGAAAAUUAAGUUGAGAACAUUCGUAUUAUGAGGAAAGACUUAUUCUUCACACAACCCAUAAACGGAACACAAAGAUGACACCGCAUGAACAUGACCAACACGACACAAUUCCCACCCCUACUUAAAUCCUUGCUCUGCUCAUUGGCAAACACAAACAAAGCAAUCAUGGUCAACUCUUCUGUUUGGCUAAUAUGCCUAUCUGCUCUCUUUCUUGGCCAUGGUGUCUUAGAACUUGAAGCUUCUCACCAUGUCUACAGACAGCUCCAAACACUUGAAUUUCCUCCUGUAAAUCAGCCUUACAGAACCUCUUUUCACUUUCAACCUGAAAGGAACUGGAUGAAUGAUCCUAAUGGGCCUAUGAUUUACAAGGGGAUUUAUCAUCUAUUCUACCAGUACAACCCUAGUGGUGCACUUUCGGGGACCAAAGUGUGGGGACAUUCUACAUCAACAGAUCUCAUCAACUGGAUCCCCCAUGAUCCUGCCAUCUACCCGUCCCAGCUGUCUGAUAGCAACGGAUGUUGGUCGGGUUCCGCCACAAUCCUCCCCUGGGACCAACCGGCCAUUCUCUAUACCGGGAUAGACCAACAAGGGCAACAAGUUCAAAAUCUGGCCAUCCCCAAAAAUCUUUCUGACCCAUACCUCUUAGAAUGGGUCAAGUCACCAAACAAUCCACUAAUGGCACCCACUCCAAUAAACAAAAUUGAUCCAAACUCAUUCAGAGACCCAAGCACGGCUUGGCUAGGACUUGAUGGGAGAUGGAGAAUGAUCAUUGGAAGCGUAAGGCGUAAUCGAGGUAUGGCAAUUCUAUACAGGAGUAAGGAUUUUGUUCACUGGACUAAAGCUCAACACCCGCUAUAUUCGGCCAAAGACACAGGAAUGUGGGAGUGUCCUGAUUUUUUUCCAGUUUCUAAUAGUAGCAUGAAUGGAGUUGACACAUCAAUGCUUGGUUCUAGCAUCAAACAUGUCCUCAAGGCAAGCUUAAAUGGGCAUGAUUCCUACACCAUUGGGACAUACAAUCAUGACAAAGAUAUUUAUAUUCCGGAUAAUGGGUCCAUGGAGAGUGAUCCACGGUUGAGAUAUGAUUAUGGAAGAUACUAUGCUUCGAAAACUUUUUUUGAUAGUGCCAAGAACCGGAGGAUCCUAUGGGGAUGGAUCAGUGAGGGCACUACUAAUGAAACCCUUGAUAUCAUGAAGGGAUGGUCUGGAAUUCAGGGGUUUCCAAGGCAAAUUUGGCUUGAUAAAUCCGGAAAACAAUUGAUGCAAUGGCCGAUUGCAGAGAUCGAAAAGCUACGUAGGAAUCAAGUUGACAUGCCUAGCAUGGUGCUAAAGGGAGGCUCAGUGCUUGAAGUUUCUGGUGUCAAUGCCACACAGGCGGAUGUAGAUAUUGCAUUUGAAAUACCAAAGCUUGACAAAGUAGAAUUGCUGGACCCAAACUGGACUGACCCACAACAGCUUUGUAGUCAAAAGGGUGCAUUAGUUGGAGGAGAGCUUGGACCAUUUGGGUUAAAGGUUUUGGCUUCAAAGGGCUUGCAAGAGUACACAGCAGUGUUUUUUAGAAUUUUCAAAGAUCAGAACAAAUUUGUGGUGCUCAUGUGCAGUGACCAGAGCAGGUCUUCAUCAAAUCUAGAUUAUGACAAGUCCACUUAUGGAGCUUUUGUGGAUGUGGACCCUGUUAAUGAGAAACUGUCAUUAAGGACCUUGAUAGAUCACUCGGUAGUGGAGAGCUUUGGUGGAGAGGGGAAGACUUGUAUCACUGCCAGGGUUUAUCCUACGUUGGCUAUCGACAGCGGUGCUCAUUUAUACACCUUCAAUAAUGGAACUCAGAAUGUGACAAUCUCAAGGUUGAGUGCAUGGAGCAUGGAAAAAGCUCAAAUCAGUUAGCCCCAACAAGUCCCUGCUGAUGGAUCAAGUGGGGCUCAGUUAUUAAUGAUUUUUAUUGAAUAACAAGAAUUAAGUAUUUAUCUUUAUUUGAUUCAUUCUUGACUAACAUAUUCUAUUUAUAUUUCAUUUUAUUACUGUUGGUCCAAUAAUCA